AUGGCAAUCAUAACUACUUCUCAUAUGGCUUUUGCCUUUGGCAUUCUAGGCAACAUUGUAUCAUUUUUGGUGUACUUGGCACCAUUGCCAACCUUCUAUAGGAUUUAUAAGAAAAAAUCAACGGAAGGAUUUCAAUCGAUACCAUAUGCAGUCGCACUCUUCAGUGCCAUGUUACUUCUGUAUUAUGGAUCCUUGAAGACAAAUGGGAUCAUGAUCAUUACUAUCAACUGCAUAGGAUGCGUCAUAGAAGCCACAUAUCUCAUCAUUUUCAUGAUAUAUGCAACAAAGGAGGCCAAGAUCUAUACAACAAAGGUGCUCAUCUUAUUCAAUGUAGGAACAUACGGAUUGAUCUUACUUUUCACAUCCCUAUUCUCACAUGGGAAGGGUCGAGUUACUAUUGUUGGAUGGAUCUGUGCUGUGUUUUCUGUCAGUGUUUUUGCUGCCCCUCUCAGCAUUAUGAGGCUAGUUAUAAAAACAAAGAGUGUAGAAUUCAUGCCAUUCUCACUAUCAUUCUUUCUCACACUCUGCGCCAUCAUGUGGUUCUUCUAUGGCCUUUUAAUAAAGGAUUUCUUUGUAGCAACACCAAACAUCCUAGGGUUCAUCUUUGGAAUUGCACAAAUGAUACUGUACAUCGUCUACAAGGACAGAAAGAAACAGGUUCUACCGGUAGUGAAGCUACAUGAAAUAACCACAUUUGACACAGAUGACUUGAGCUUGAGCGCAAUGGCGGUGCAGGAAAACAGUAAGGCAGAUGUAGAAGCUGAUCGGUCAGAAGACAUCACGGUGAGUGAAGAUACCGGAAUUGUGCAAGGCGAAUCCAACGUGUGA